AUGGCUUUCCCUGUAGUUGCAAACUAUGUAAAAAACGCAUGGGCAAAAUUUGGGUUACAAAAGAUUAUGAUGAAUGCCAACGGUUUUUUCUUUUUUAAAUUUGAAAAUAAUGACGGAAUAAAGGCUGUUCACGAGGGUGGUCCGUGGUUGGUUAGAAAUGCUCCCAUUUUCUUGAAUGUAUGGACUCCCUCGGCUAUUUUGAAGAAGGAGGAUGUCAAAAUGGUUGCUGUGUGGGUUAAAAUCCACAAUGUACCUAUGGCUGCAUAUACGGAUGACGGAUUAAGUUUGUUGGCUACAAAAAUUGGUACACCUAAAAUGUUGGACUCUUAUACUACUAAUAUGUGUCUUGAUUCGUGGGGAAGAAGCAGUUUUGCUAGAGCUUUUGUGGAAAUAUCGGCUGAAAAAGAUUUUAAAGAUGAACUCUCUAUAGCUAUCCCGACUUUAGAGGGUGAAGGAUAUACAAAAGAAACUAUGAAGGUAGAGUAUGAGUGGAAACCCCCUCGAUGCAAAAAUUGCAGUGUAUUUGGACAUGAUGAUCUAACUUGCCCGAAGUAUAUUAAAGCAGGUACAAAUGCAACAACUCGAGUGGAUAAAGAUGGAUUUGAGGAGGUACGACGUAAAGGUAAGGCAAAGACGGGAUUCAAUGUCAAUAAACAGAAGCCCAAAUUUGAAUAUAGACCGAUUGCCAAACCAUCUGCCUCUACUAGUACAACAACUAAACCCGUUACUACAAAAAACCAGUUUGAAGCCUUGGCUGAUCAUGGAAAAGAACCUGUUACUGAGCUGGUUCAUGAUAAUGUUAAAACAGGGAGAUCAAGUACAUUGAGUAAAGGUUAUGAAACCGAAGAAUCAGAUGAGGAGGAGGUCAUUGAGGUGUAUAACAAAAUGGAUGAGUAUAUGAAGUCUCAGACCGAAUCGAAGCCAAAUUCUGAGGGGGCAAGCACUCCCGGUUCGAAAGGUGCUAAUGGGUAG